AUGGCGCGGCUGCUGCGCCGGGUAGCGCCUUGGCCUCUGGCGGCUGGCUGCUUGCAGGAGCGCCGGGCCUUUUGCGACGGCUGUCCCUUCGGCGGCGGCGCGUCUUCGAAGCCCUCGCCUUCGCGAGCGGCACAAGCGGCGCCUCGCUUGGUGGAGGGCAAGGACUUCGCGGUCUUCCGGCGCGAUGGGUCCACCGCCCGCGAGGUGAAGCUGCAAGAUAUGCUCGAGGCCCUCAGCAGUGACCCUGCGCAGAAAGCGAUUCUGCUGGGUGAGGUUCAUGACGACAAGGUGACGCAUCACCUGCAGCUGGAGGUGUUGAGACAUCUUGGCCGCGCCUGCCGAGCCCAGGGCAAGAGGCUGAUUCUUUCUAUGGAGAUGUUCGAGAUGGACGUGCAGGAUGUCCUUGAUGAGUAUGUCAUUCACAAGGCCAUCCGUGAGGAGGAUAUGCUUCUGGACACGCGGCCCUGGGGGAACUACAUGGAAGACUACAGGCCGCUGGUGGAAUUCUGCCGCGCAGAGGGGAUUCGCGUCCUCGCGGCGCGGGGCUUGGACGUGUCUAGGGACAACUUUCGCCCUGCAGCCAUGACGCAGACGCUCGCCGUUGAGAAGGCAGCCUUCUCUCCGGGCCACUCUCAGAGCCCCACUAAGAGGGAGAAAGCGGCCCAGAUCCGGAAGAGCUUCCAGCGGCCCAAGUUUUGGGUCAUGGGCUUCGGGUGGUGUUUGGCGGCCUGCGCCGGUGCGGCCAACGUCAUUGCCUUCAAGAGCUGGAACUUGUACGCGUCCCACGUGACGGGCAGCACGUCCGCCAUGGCCUUCCGCUUGGAGGGUUACCAUCAGGGGGAGUUCGGUUCGGAGAGUUUCCGCGAGGCCUUCUUCCUAGUCUUCUCGUUUCUGGUGGGCGCCUACACGUGCGGCCUUCUCAUUGACAAGAACCAGGUGCACUUUGGAGGCAAGUCCUUCUACGGCCUGGCCCUUCUUAUGAACUCGUCCCUUCUUAUCCUUGCCGCGUUCAUCCCUGGUCGCCUGCUCCCAACGUGCUUCGUUGCUGGCGCAUGUGGCUUGCAGAACGCCAUGUGCACCUCCCACUUCGGCGCCAUCGUCCGGACCACGCACGUGACUGGCACGGUAACUGACAUUGGGUCCACGUUCGGCCGCAUCAGCAUGAUCUAUCUCCGCAAGGGCUGCCGACGCUCCCGGUUGGACGACAUUGAGCGUGCUGAGGUGGGUGUAGACGCCAGGAAGCUUGCAGUGCUCUUCGGCCUCUGGAGCUUCUAUUUCGUGGGCGGGCUGAUCGGCAUCUACAUGGAGAACCUCAUUUCCGGGCCUCGCGCCCUGCUGGUGCCGGCCUUUGUCACUGGCAGCCUGGGGCUCUUCUACAUGGCCUUCCGCAACCUUCUCAAGGAAUACUUCAAGAAGCUGGAGCAGGAGCGGUUCGAGGCAGACCUGAAGCAAGCUCAGGAGGCCAUUGCGCACAUGGGCACGCGCCUGCAUACCCUGGAAAGUGGCAACCACGAUGGACUGGUGGUCGAGUUGGACGAGGAGAUGGGACAAAUGAUCGAGGCCCUGCAUGAGGUGGAGGCGGAUUUCGACAACCUCUGCCGGCAGCACAGCAAGGACUCUGUGAGAAGCCAGAGACCGACUGUUUGA